CGGAAGUGCUAUUCUGCCCUUCUAGUUUGUGGUAAAUCAUGUUUCAUCAUCCGACGCGAGCAGGAACAAGAGGAGGACAGGGACUCUUCAAAUGGGAAGAUGUAAAAGAGGAUAAGUAUCGAGAAAAUUACCUUGGUCACUCCCUCAACGCGCCAGUGGGUCGAUGGCAAAAGAACAAAGAUCUACUCUGGUAUGGCAGGGAGGCCGAGAAGACACAGGCUCGGGAGGAUACAAUUACGUCUGAGCUGGAGGAAAUUAGGAAAAAUGAAGCAGAGGCUUUGGCGGAAGCGUUGGGGUAUGCUGGUCCUAAACGUCGCCGGACAGAUGGAAAUGCAGUUAGCAAACAGGAGAUCCAGAGUCUUGUUAAAAAGGACUUUGCGGACGACGAGGAGACCGCUGUAGUAAAUGUGGAAGAGAUGAAAGGACUGGGAUUUCAAAGUGCAAAGAGUCGGAUCGCAGCGAUUGGAGUCCAGGCUGUAAAGGAAGUCGACGAGGGAGACGGAGAUCAUAUAAUGCAAAGUGAAUCUGGUGUCCCGCAGACGGCAACGGCGGUGAGCUCAGGUGUCACGGAAAAUGCAAACCCCAGUCAUAAGCCCAAGAAGGAAAAAAAAGCGAAGAAAGAGAAGGACAAGAAGAAGCACAAAAAGAAGCAUAAAAAGGAGAAGGAGAGGCUCCACGAGAGUUCCGAUGAUGAAGACGAUACACAUGUCCGUAGAAACCGGGAAGAUAGACAUUAUUCGCGGGGACGUGACAGGGAAAACACAAGAGCAAAAAGUAGGAGCAGAUCACGCAGUCCAGCAUGGGGGAGUGAUAGGUACCACCGCAGUAGCCGGGAUCGGUCAUACGGUCGUUACGAUGAUAACGAAAGAAGAAGGCGCUCCCCUUCACCACGGAAUGAUCAUUAUCGUUCUUACCGUUCGUAGAUAUGAUAAUGUGCCCUCCUGGAGAUUUUGUAUAUAUUUUGCUGUAAAUACGCUUAGAGGGAGUAAUUAAUUUUUCAACCAACUCCAGAGAGAUGAUCGCAGAUUUGCAGAAUUUCAUUGUAAUAGCGAGCCCCAGCCUUAAAGAAGAUGAGAUGGAGCAUAAUCAUAUUGCACAAUCUUAAUCAGCAAACUUUUCCUCUAGCAGUCCUUCAAUUUGCUCAUUCAGCUCCUCGAGCUCUUCCUCAUAUCUCCCC